AUGGAUGCACUGACCUUUGAGGAGGUGGCUGUGUAUUUCACCAGGGAAGAGUGGGCUCUGCUGGACUCUGCUCAGAGAGCCCUCUACAGAGACGUCAUGCAGGAGAACUAUGAGAAUGUGACCUCGCUGGGGCAUAAACCUAUUGAGUCAUUUGGGGAAAACGUAUGUGAUUACUCCAUCCUUAUAAAGCAUCACAGAAUCCACACAGGGAAGAGGCCCUAUGAAUGCAGUGAGUGUGGAAAAUGCUUCCCUAGCAGCUCAGGCCUUUCUCAACACCAGAGAAUCCACACAGGGAAGAGGCCCUAUGAAUGCAGUGAGUGUGGGAAAACCUUCAGUCACAGUUCACACCUUAUUAGGCAUCAGAGAAUCCACACAGGGGAGAGGCCCUAUGAAUGCAGUGAGUGUGGUAAAUGCUUCACUAGCAGCUCAGGCCUUUAUCAACAUCAGAGAAUCCACACAGGGGAGAGGCCCUAUGAAUGCAGUGAGUGUGGAAAAUGCUUCACUGACAGCUCAGCCCUUUCUCAACAUCAGAGAAUCCACACAGGGGAGAGGCCCUAUGAAUGCAGUGAAUGUGGUAAAUGCUUCACUAGCAGCUCAGGCCUUUCUCAACAUCAGAGAAUCCACACAGGGGAGAGGCCCUAUGAAUGCAGUGAAUGUGGGAAAAACUUCACUAGCAGCUCAAACCUUCUUACCCAUCAGAAAAUCCACACAGGGGAGAGGCCCUAUGAAUGCAGUGAGUGUGGGAAAAACUUCACUAGCAGCUCAAACCUUCUUGUCCAUCAGAGAAUCCACACAGGGGAGAGGCCCUAUGAAUGCAGUGAGUGUGGAAAAUGCUUCACUGACAGCUCAUCCCUUUCUCGACAUCAGAGAAUCCACACAGGGGAGAGGCCCUAUGAAUGCAGUGAGUGUGGGAAAACCUUCAGUCGCAGCUCAAACCUUCUUACCCAUCAGAGAAUCCACACAGGGGAGAGGCCCUAUGAAUGCAGUGUGUGUGGAAAAUGCUUCACUUGCAGCUCAGGCCUUUAUCAACAUCGGAGAAUCCACACAGGGGAGAGGCCCUAUGAAUGCAUUGAGUGUGGAAAAUGCUUCACUGACAGCUCAGCCCUUUCUCAACAUCAGAGAAUCCACACAGGGGAGAGGCCCUAUGAAUGCAGUCAGUGUGGGAAAACCUUCAGUCGCAGUUCACACCUGCUUACCCAUCAGAGAAUCUACACAGGGGAGAGGCCCUAUGAAUGCAGUGAGUGCGGGAAA